AAACUAAAGUGUAAUUAAAUUAAAAUUGAGUUUUUGGUUUAUGCUAAAAAAUAUAAAAUGAGUUGAUUCUCCAAUCUCAAUCAUAAGAUUUUCAUUUGGAGCAUCCGGUCCCCAAAAGCUCAAUACUCAAUAGCCGUCUCUUUGCUCCCGGUCGGCAGGGGCGGCCAUUCCCAAGAAAAAAUAGUUGAUUUGAAGUUGAAAUGGCUCUGAGGGGUGUGUGGCAACUUCAAAAACUGAUUGUGAGCUAUUGUGAUUGGGGGGGAAGUAGCAGGGGCAUCAGGGCAUUUAUGGAGUCGCAUCUACCUGCAUUUAAGGAUCACAAUCCUCAACUAGAGGUGGUUACUGAACUCAUCCGUGGUCAGCACCCACAUUUAAAGGGAUUUUACAAGAACAAGAACCAGAGGGUAGUGUGCGUGAGGAAUAUGACUCCAGAAGAAGUACUCUUACAUGCAACCCGGUUGAGGAAUGCAUUGGGUAGAAAGGUGGUGAAGCUGAGAACCAGACAUGUCACAAAACACCCUAGCGUGCAAGGUACAUGGACAACUGAUGUUAAAAUUUGAGUUUCAGGGAAAAAGACAGCUACCUUGUUUUAGAGUAGUUCUGUUUAGUUCCCAUGGCAUUCAAUUUUUCAAGGCAAGGUGUAUGGUCUGUAAUGCGAUUUAUUGCUGUCAAGAGAAGGCUCAAUGGGAACUGUUGGUAUUGCCCUGCUACUGCAUGUAUUGCUAUAAAUUUUUUUCUUCUCCUCCUCUCUCUCUCUCUCACCUCUUUUUUUCCAACUUCUAGCUUGUAUAUCAUUGUGCUUUAAAGUGGAGUAGUACUAUAAUAAUAGAAGGGUUGUAUGAUUUAUAAAAGAAAA